AUGCGGCGACUAUUCUCACCGCAUAAAUCAUCAGAAGCUGGAAAGGCUCUGAUAAAGAGUGAUGGCCUAGCUAGUGAUGGAUCGGAGAGUUCUAGUCCGCCGAGAAAUUUGUAUUCGGUGAUGGCAGUAGAAGUGCAAACUAAGACAGAGAAACAUCAUGAAUCCCCGAAUCCAGACCAACAACGCCGCAACUCGACAUCUGGCGGCCGUCGUCCGUCCUUCCUCUCCCAAAUGCGUGAUCUGAUUCAUCCGCGAACUGGAAGUCUCGGAGCAAGUAUGUUUCGUCGUCCGGAAGCCACUCGACGUGUUCAGGUGGCCGAGUGCAAUGUGGAAGCGGUGUACGAUUUAAGGGAUAAGCAAGCACACUUCUAUGACGAUGACAAUGGAUUCAGAAGACCCCGAUCGAAUAGUUCAGAUUUGUUGAUUUUGAGAAAGACGUCGAGACCGAUCUCGUUCAAUGUGGUCGGGGUUAUUGAUCAAAAAACGGAUCCAUAUCACCAGUACAUGUCAGUUGUCGACGUCUACGAACUCUGUCCCAACAACUCCAAAGUGAUCAUCAUCGACGCGACGACUCCAACGACUCGAGCAUUCCGUAUCAUGCGAGACCACAAUAUCACCACAUUAAUCGUUUGGGACACCAGUGACUCUCGCCACGUCAAACGAAAUAUUCUCACUCUCACAGACUGUCUCUACGCGAUUCGAAACGAGACGAAACCACAGAAAGAGGGGUCGAACAUGCUCUGCGCCUCUGAUAUUCUCUCGGGUUCCCAACUGGUCAGCGUCUCGAUCUCGUCGAAAAUUCUGGAGCUUUGCGAAGAACUCCAUCAGAAUCGUUUGCAUCGUGUCGUCGUGUUGGACGAUUCGAAAGAAGUCGUCAAUAUUAUUUCAGUGAGACGAGUCCUUGCGGCGAUUCACAAACAGAAUCGAUCACUUCAUUUCGCUCAAUGGUUGUCGAAAUCCAUUGGAAUGUCAGCCAUCGGAACUUGGGAGAAUGUGGCUGUCAUCUCGGAGACUGAAACGGUUUAUCGAGCGAUGGAAGACAUGUUGGGAUUCCAUUACACGGCUCUUCCAGUUGUCAAUUCGAAACAGGAAGUCAUCGGUGUCAUCACGAAAACCGAUAUCUGCAAAGCGCUCCCUCGCAACUUCCUCGAGCCGAAACGUUGGCUCCUGGAGACUACUGUAGCCGAUAUGCUCCAUAUUUGCAAAUCGGAAGUUUUCAUUUCGUCGGCUGACAGUGUUGGACAAGUACUCGACACUCUUCUCAUGUCUGAUACGCAGAGCGCGUUUGCUAUUCAUAAUAAAAAGGCAAUCGGCGUGAUCUCCCUGACCGAUUUCCUCGCUCACAUUCUCCGUUCCCCACUGGCCACCACCGACGAAGAGCCACCACAACCGGCGAUGCCACCGACUCCAGAAUCCAAUUCGAGCAGCACCGAAAAUAUGGCUCAUAAAUUGUAA